GUUUGAUUAGCUUGUUACAUGUUCACGUGUGGGUGGACGGGAUAAAGUCAUUAUUCACACUGAUUUAGUAACUUUGGAUUUUCCCCUCCAGUAAACGCCACAAUAUAUAUUUUUUAAUCGGCUUCUUAAUUUUUCGCCGUGUUCUACCCUAAUCCAUUUCGUUGAAACACGACAGCCUAGAGGAACUCCAGAACUGACAAAAAAAAAUCCUCGUAUCUGCUUCCAUUCAGCACUGCUCUCAUUCUUUACCUUAGCUAUGCAACUCAUUCUUUCCUGUGUUUUCCUGGCAUUUUGGAGGGGAUUGGUCAAAGGGUACCGCUGUCCUCUGAAUGACUUCCAGCGUUCCGAGGGAAGGGAGCUGGUUCCGACCUCCUGGAACUCUGCACGGGUGCUGAUACUGCCAGGGCUGACGCUGGAGGACUGUGCCAGACGAUGCUCAAAUACACUGGACUGCAGAGCCUUCAACUACGAGACGCGUCCCUCCAUCACCUGUAAACAGCUGCCAUGGGUGGAGGAUGGCAGCAACGCAGAGGUCAAGAGGAACGUCAACUGUGACCUUUAUGAGAAGAAGGUCUACGUAAGAAAGUGCAUUGUGGGUAAAGGAGAAGACUAUCGAGGCAAGGUGUUCAUGACAAAAAGUGGCCAUACUUGUCAACAGUGGUGGUCAAAGUUCCCACACGAUCACAGAUGGACACCCACAGCUACUAAUGGCUUGGAGCUGAACUACUGCAGGAACCCAGAUGGGGACCGCAUCGGGCCGUGGUGCUACACCACUGAUCCAGAACGGCGUUAUGAGACCUGCAAUAUCCCCCACUGCAAAGAUGAGGUGUGUAUCACAUGUAAUGGGGAAGACUACAGGGGUCAGGUUGACCACACAGUGAGUGGCCGAGAGUGCCAACGUUGGGACCAGCAGUACCCACACCAACACAUCUACCAGCCUGAGAAGUAUCCAGAUAAGAGCUUGGAUGAUGACUACUGCCGUAACCCAGACGCCUCCCCUGUUCCCUGGUGCUACACCACAGACGCUGAUAUGGAGAGAGAGCGCUGCGAGAUCAGCAAGUGCUCUGUGGUUACAAAGAGACGCCUCCGGUCCAGCUACACCACAAACUGUUUCCGUGGUCGCGGGGAGGAUUACCGCGGUAAAGUAAAUGAGACGACCGGCGGUAUCGCCUGUCAGCGUUGGGACGCCCAGUACCCGCAUGAGCACCCCUUCUACCCAAACACCUACGAAUGCAAGGGCUUGGAGGAGAACUACUGUCGUAACCCAGAUGGAUCCGAGGCACCCUGGUGCUUCACGUCUGUGCCUGAGAUGAGGACGGCUCUUUGUUUACAGAUCAAACGCUGUGCAGACGACAUUGAAGCUGAGGAUUGCUACCAUGAAAAUGGUAAAAACUACAGGGGUGUAGUCCGUAAGACGCGUAAGGGCAUCACAUGUCAGAAGUGGAGUGUCAACAUGCCUCACAAAACAAAGAUAAACCCAGGGACCCACCCUGAUGCCAACCUGACGGAGAACUACUGCCGGAACCCAGAUGGGGACCAGCACGGACCCUGGUGCUACACCACUGACCCCAAAACAGAGUUUGACUACUGUGCCAUCAAGCAAUGUGCUGGGGAGAAAGUGUCCAUCAUUGAGCCAUCAGAGAUUGUGGAGUUUAAUGAGUGUGGAAAGAGAGAGGAUCGUUUGGCCAAGAGCCCAAUACUGCGUAUUGUUGGUGGGCUUCCUGGAAACUCUCCCUGGACCGUCAGUCUCAGAGACAGGAAAGGAAACCAUUUCUGUGGAGGCUCCCUGGUUAGCUCCAAAUGGGUGAUCAGUACUAAGCAGUGUUUCUCCUCUUGCUAUGUUGACCUUCCGGGGUACUCGGCCAUGAUGGGGACAUUGUUUCGUAACCCCAUAGUAGGAGAGCCAGACCGACAGACUAUCCCUCUCACCAAGAUCGUCUGUGGACCCUCUGAGUCCCAGCUGGUCAUGCUACAACUGGAAUACCAUGCCCAGUUUAACGAGCGUGUGUCUCAGAUAUGCCUGCCCCCUGAACGCUACAUAGUUCCAGAAGGAACCCUCUGUGAGAUCGCAGGCUGGGGCGAAACUCAAGGCACUUCUACAGAUGACUCUGUGCUCAAUGUGGCUCAAAUACCAGUUAUAAGCAACAAAGAUUGUAACAACUACUUUCGGGGUCGUGUUCGGGAGAACGAGAUGUGCACCAACUCCUUCCAGGGUGGGGUGGGUGCCUGUGAGAGAGACUAUGGGGGCCCUCUGGCCUGUCAGAACAGUGACUGCUGGGUGCUUGAGGGAGUGAUCAUCCCCAUGAGGCGCUGUGGACACCCAGGCCAGCCUAACAUCUUCAUCCGUGUCUCUGUCUAUGUGGACUGGAUUAAGAAGGUCAUGGAGAUGGCUUAGUCACGAAUACAUUAUGUCACCAAGCAGUGACUGGCUCUAUGUUCUACUGGACUGCAAUAUAUUUAUCCACCCUCACCCCCCACCCAUAGCUCACAAUCCAUGACCACCUAAUUGUAAUCCAUGACCAUCUACAUACAAUUAGUUAAUAUACACUGAGUAUAUCAAAUAUUAGGAACAAUAUUGAUUUUCCCUCAGAACAGUCUCAAUCCUUCGGGGCAUGGACUCUACAAGGUGUCGAAAGCAUUCGACAGGGAUGCUUUUUGAAUGCUGGCCCAUGUUGACUCCAGUACUUCCCACAGUUAUGUCAAGUUGGCUGGAUGUCCUUUGGGUGGUGGACCGUUCUUGAUACACACAGGAAACUGUUGACUGUGAAAAACACAAACCAAUGCACAUGGUACCUACUACCAUACCCUGUUCAAAGGCACAUAAAUAUUUUGUCUUGCCCAUUCCCCUACUGAAUGGUACAUAAA